AAGCGCAAAGUCUCAAGUUCAAACGCCCGGCUCUUGUCGCUCUGGGGAAGCUGGCCCAGGAUGGAAGCUCGCCGCCUCCAAGGGCUUCGCAGGAGGAGCAGCAGCAGCGGCGGCGGCAGAGAGGGAACAAUCCGUGCAUCUCCAAGGGGAGAAGAAAGAAACAAAACUCCAGAAGGCUCCCCAGGUCAGAGACUUCGCGGGGGUCCCCCGAGGGGCGCGCUUCGCCGCAUCGACUCUAACCAAGCGCCCCCCGGUCCAUGCCCCGCCGAUUCCCCCGAGGCUCGUCCCCCGGGCUCAGCUCAUCUGCCAGAAGAGGCUCCGGGAGGGCUUUUGCAGAAAUCGGGAGACUCUGGGUCCGGCCCGCUGGGAGCCCUCCUCCCCCAAACCUGUUAGGAUGGAGGCAGCGAGGCCCGGCUCGCUGCGGCGCGCGGCGACGGCACCUUCGGCGCUCGCUCUUCCUCCUGGGAUUUCAAAACCGCCCGCGGAGCGAGCCCCGACCGCAGGGGGGUGGGCUGGGAGAGACGGGCACCGAGGUUCCGAUCCGCCUCCUGGGGGCGGGGGCUUCGUCUCCUCGCACGGCUGGGUCCAGCCUCGGCGCAGCCCCCUUCUCAGACCCCGGACCACUCGGCGCCCGAGCGACACGGAGGAGCUCAAGGGCUUCCCCGCACGCUACAGCCCCUCGUGCCCCCGGGGCCUCGGCCGGGGCGAGCUGCGGGCUCGCUCCCGAGCAACUCUCGGCGCUAGCCCGGCCACCGAGCGCCGCGCAGCAGCGCCCCCGCGCCGCAGCCGAGCCCCCGCGCAGCCGAGCCCCGCGCAGCCGCUCCGCUCCCUACGCAGCGCCGGCACCCGCGGGAGAGGCGAAGAGGCGGACGGCUCCCCCAGCAGCAAGCCGGCCCCGCCGCCGCCCGCGUAGCCCGAGGAAAGCGAAUCGCUGGUGGACACCCCUCCGCUACCCUGAUCUCACGUCGGCAGAAUAGUUCUCCCACCUCGCCAUCUCACCUUUCAGGUUCAGCGCAGUUCUGCCCGGCUGAACGUAAAGAACCUGCGGCUCUGGGUCCCGGGAGUGAGAUCUGCAGAGAUAAGCAGCCGGACAUCCCCGGGCUGGCUGACCCCACCGGCCCGUGAACGCUAGGAUUGUGCACGUAGCCGCAGGAGCAGAACCGCGCCGGUCUGACUGCCAGAUACCCCUCUAUGGCAUGUGGGUUGGGCUCUUGGAUGCUUUCCCUGCCUCCCCCCACCCCCUUCCUUUGGGGGCUCCGAGCAGGGGCCUGCAGGUUUCGUCCGGGCGGCUGAUUCUGCCCGCCUGGAGGCAUGAGGGAGUAGAUUCUUGGGCUCGGAUUGUAACUGCUUUCUAUCUGAAUAUGUAACAGGACUGGGACAGGGAAGGGUUGUGUGAAUGGUUGGAAGGCUUUUCAUCGGUGCAGCCCAACACCAGCUGGAAGCAUCCCAGCCUGAAGGGCUCUGUAACCCCUCUCCGCCUUCCCCUCCUCCUAAAGAACACCCCCCCACCCACCCACCCAUUCUGUGUGCUGUUGUCCUCCAGUCCUUGAAACUGGGCUGCUAGAGGUAUUGCUGAGGAGCACGGACAGUAUGGCUGGAGUCUUAGGCAAAGCCCGGACUAGAAACUGGUAUCUUUUCUGAAGGUGUUUCAGAUUCACAACGAGUCAAUUCUGUCUCAGAAGUCAAAUGAACAUAUUUUUUCAGAGGAGGAAUGAAAUCAAGUAACUAGGAGGAGGAACAAAUUCAGUUCAAUUUGACAAAUGUUUAUUAAUCACAUAUUGAAUGUGAGGAACUAUGCCAGUUGGAUACAAAAGCCAAAAAAGGAAAUAGUCCUGACCCUCACAGAUCUUCCAUUCUACUGGCUGGAUGCAGCAUAUACAUAAAUAUAUCCAUAAAUGUAAAGUAAUUUGAAGCUGGAGUAAACAUUAACAUUUGGAAGAAUCUAGGAAAUCUUCCAAAGAAGGGAGGCUAAGGAGCUAAAAGAAGGUAAAAACUAGUGAAGAGUAGGUGGGAAGAUAAGUGGGGAGCAAAUGCUGACUUCUAGGAAUGGUUGGUAUUUUAGUUUGGAUCACAAAGGAAAGCUCAGAAAUUUGGUCCUCCCAUUGACUCAGUAAAUAAAAUUCUAAGCUUUUUAAGGUAAAAGGACCCUUAUCUAAUUCACAGAAGACUGAGAGGAAGGAAAUGAUUUGGUUAAGGUCACUGAGAUUAAAAUAGUGAUUUCAGGGCUCCAAAUACUGUGGUCUAGUAAUUGUCAAAGUGUGGUCCAGGGACCCCCUUAGGGAAACGGUUAAGGGUGGGGGCCCCUUUUCAGGGAGUCCAUGAAGUCAAAACAAUUUUCAUAGUAAUACCAUUAUAUUUUAAUUUCUAAUAUAAUACAUUUUUAUAUUUAAUUUAAACAAAUACAAAAUGAAAAAAGGAAUAAAUUGUGAUGCACAUGGCAGACCCUAAGAGAAGAUUCAACAUAAAAUAAUAAAUUUUCAUUUCAAGAAAUAAAUUCUACCACAUUGUCUUCUAAGCUGCCCUGCUUCUCUUUGCUUCCUUGUUCAUUUUCUUUUGUUCUCUGCUAAUUACUUUUUACUUUAUUUUUUCUCCUCCUUUCCCCUAUCAGUCUAAAAAAGGCUACAAUUAAGCAUGGCUAUGUUAAACUGUACUAUGCUUAUUUUCUCCUAUCAUUUAUUUCUCUGAAGGUGUCUAGCAUAUUCCUUCACAAGUCCAAGUCUUUUCAUGUUUUCUCUAAAUCAGCCAACUCAUCAUUUCCUACAACAUAGCAAUAUUCUAAUCCAAUCACAUUCAUUAUCUGAGAGAUUGUGACUCCCCCCUCCCAGUUUUCUGCAUUCCUUCAGUGCUCUCACUUUAUGUCUUAAGGUCUGCUACUGAUGAAUCUGUUUCUUUUUUCCCUGGUUUCUUAAAUCCCUGACCUUUUAUUCUACCAAAUGAGCUUUGUUUUUAAUAUGAUAAAUAUUAAUAAACAUAAUUCACAUAAACAAAAAGCUCUUGGUGGGGAGAAUCUUCACUAAUUUUUAAGAGUAUAAAACGGGUCCUGAGACCAAAAAGUUUGAAAACAACUGUUCAUAGUUUUUCCACUAACUACAUCAAGCAAUCUAGUCUCUCUUCCUGCCCACUCCUCCCCACCCCUCAUUAAUGAAGACUGGGCUGGGCUUUCCAUUGCUGAAUCACUAAUGGUUAUUACUCAGAUUAUUUACAGAGCUGAUGAAGCAGUCAAGUUCAAGAUAGAUAUAUCUACCCAUAGGCUAAAACAUCUAUUGAUUUGUGGCCUGAACCUUGCUAAUAUUUGAACUAGCACACAAGGAGAUAAAAGGUUUCAUAUAACUCUCAAAGAGCUAUUCUUAAUUGGACAGAGGGCUCCCAUCUCUGUGUGUACCAGUUCCCAUUAAUCAGCCAUUUGUGCCUCCUGGAGAACAGGCCAGGCCAGUGCCAACAUCAUUAAGGCUACUUAACCUUUACUCAGCUCGCGCUGAGCCGGAGCAGAGAAAGCUCCCUGCCCCCCACCGCUGCAUCGAUGACUUCCCCAUUUGGUGGAGGAAAGGUUGAGGCAGUGUGGUUGAGUUGGUUCCGAGGGGCUCUACGGAACUGUAGACGGAGGAAUUUCAAAGUACACUUUCCAGUAAAUAUCAAACAAAACUCAAGAUCCAACUAGGCUCAAGUUUCCUGGGAAGCCAAAUUUAUGGGUACUCUUUUUGUAAUAGCUCAAUGAUUGCUAAUCCCAGGGAUUGAUUCUAGCCUUGGAAUGCCCUGAAGAGGGGACAUUUUCAGCUUUGAGAUGUCCUUUCUUUCCUCUACCUGUGAAGAUAGGUUGUGAUUAGAGAUUUCGGAAGGAAGGAAGGA